AUGGCCUCCGAGUCCCUUCUUGCUCGCAAGUACUUCGACGGGAUCUACAUCCCGCUCGGCCUCAUUGUCCUCGGCACGGCCAUUAUCAAGACCGAGUGGACGCACUAUGCCCUGCUGGUGGGCAUCGUCCUCGGCGGCAUCAAGUACUACCGGAUGACCCCCAAGAAGGUCCUCAAGCCCGAUGCUUUUCAGGAGUUCGAGCUCAUUGAGAAGACCAUUCUCUCGCACAAUGUCGCCAUCUACCGCUUCAAGCUCCCGUCCCCGACCUCGAUCCUGGGCCUACCUAUUGGCCAGCACAUCUCGAUUGCCGCCGACAUCAAGCAGCCCGACGGCACAACCAAGGAGAUCGUGCGUUCGUACACUCCCAUCUCGGGUGACGAACAGCCUGGCAGCUUCGACCUGUUGAUCAAGUCGUACCCUCAGGGCAACAUCAGCAAGCACAUUGCCUCUCUGAGCAUUGGUCAGACGAUUCGUGUUCGCGGCCCCAAGGGUGCCUUCGUGUACACUCCCAACAUGGUGCGCGCCUUCGGCAUGAUUGCUGGUGGUACCGGCAUCACUCCCAUGCUGCAAAUCAUCAAGGCCAUCAUCCGCGGCCGCAAGGACGGCGAUCGCACCGAGGUCGACCUGAUCUUCGCCAACGUCACCGAGCAGGAUAUUCUUCUCAAGGAGGACCUCGACGCCCUCGCUGCCAAGGACAAGGGCUUCCGCGUGCACUAUGUGCUGGACAAGCCUCCUGCUGGCUGGACUGGUGGUGUGGGCUAUGUCACGGCUGAGAUGAUCCAGAAAUGGCUUCCUAAGCCGGCCGACGAUGUCAAGAUCUUGCUCUGCGGUCCCCCGCCCAUGGUGAGCGGUCUCAAGAAAGCCACCGAGGGUCUUGGUUUCAAGAAAGCUCGCCCUGUCAGCAAGCUUGAGGACCAGGUGUUUGCUUUCUAA